CGAAAUUGUCGGGUUAAUAUAUCGGCGGCGCAGUUUUAAAUAGCAACGGACGGCGGCAAUGCACCGACGACCUGUGAAGGGUGGGACUGGAUGGGACUGUAAGGCCGAAGGCGCUAAGGCGGCAGGGCUGUACUACGAGAUUGCCAACGUGGGCAAGGUCUUGGAAGCGUCCAAGAAGCGCAUCACCUGGCGCAUCAAAAUGGUUGAAGGCAAGGAAUACGAGAUCUCCCUCACCCACUCCAUCGCAAGCGGCAAAAAGGUGCUGCGUAUCGACGGCAUUGUAACCCAUCAAACGUCCACGUUUGCAUUGGGUGACUGGGACCAUUGUUUCAACCUUGGAAGUCAUGUCAUCCACUGCAUCAUCAAGCCGAGCGUCGAACUGAACGAUAGCUACGACUUGAUCGUCGAUGGCAUUUCGUUUCGACGAUUGCCCGAAGACGCUAUCAAAGCCAAGGUGGAACCUGUCGUCGUUCGCGGCAAGAAGGCCCUUAGUCGCGAGCCCUCUACGACGGACUUGGCCAGCCGGACGGACUCGGCGUCGGGGCCUUGGGAGUGCUCUGCUUGUACACUGAUCAACGACAAACCACUCGCUCCCAUUUGUGAAGCCUGUGGAACUGCAAAGCCCAAGUUUUCAGUUGUUCGCCAGCAGUCGACCAAGGCCCAGCCGUCCGCUGACAACGUGGCGAUCCAAAAACCAGUGGCGCGAAGUCACUCGACCGAUUUGUCGAGCGACGAAGCAGUGUUCAACCCGUUCGGAACCCCUUCUGCGCCGUCCGAUUCGUCGUGGGUCGCGUUCGACAAACCAGAAGUGUCGCACCGCCAGCCAUCGACACAUCAUACCGACCCGUUUGCGCCGUCUCCUACGGCGUUUCAAACGCAGCCAUCGUCUGAUAACAUUGCGUCCAUGUUGCACGGCCUCGACUUCAACUACUCUCCCCCUCCACCCCCUCCCCCUCCUUCCCUUUCUGCCCCCUUGGCCCCCGUCGUGGACCCCCCGGCCGAUCCACUGUGGGGAGCCCCAAUCAUCGACCUCAACUUGAACCCCGAAGUCAAGCUCACGCCCAUGAAAAGCACAAAAAGCUUGCAAUCCAUGGAACAAGCCCGAUUGGCAACCACAGGAUCUUCGACCAAACAGCUCCAGCUGCCGCAGCCCGUGUACCCUCCUCCGACCUACCAGCCUCCGUUUCAAGCCAACCCCGGGUUUCAGUCGUUCACUCCUCCCCAGCACAUCGUGCCCCCGCCAAUGCCCAACCAAUAUGCCACGUACGGCGCGCCACCUCUCAAUGGAGGAGUCCAGCCCCGCGUUCCCCAGCAACAAUUCAUGGCCAACAUGACCAAUGUACCCCCUCCAAAGGUGGGCGGACAGCAGCGGCCCACUCUGUCGGAUCCGUUUGCGACGCUAUCGUAGGUUUUGUACGACCAAAGACACGGAUCGAGUGGUUUCGACUUAGGAGAGAACGACAAACACGUAAUCAAUCGUCCAAAUAUAUUACGAGUAUUAGUAUAAUAUACUUCGAAGUACUACAG